CGCCGCCCAUUCUUUCCUCUUCCACUGUUUGCCGCCACGUCAGGUUCCAGGUUGACAAUUACGCCGCGCAAGCACGUCCUGGGCAACCUCAAGUGUUCGAUUUAAGCCCUUAGAGACAGGCUCGGGACUUAGUUUUCCUCCUCCUCCCCUUUACAUCAUCUUUCUUAAUCGUCCUCGAGUGCCAUUCUCGGCACUCAUUCCUAGAGUUCUAAGAUGGCAACUGUCAAUGUGGUGAUUAAGCACCAAGGAAAGAAGUACGACGUCGAGGUCGACACUUCUUCGACCGGCGAAGUCCUCAAAUACCAACUCUACAGCCUGACCGGUGUCGAGCCCGAUCGCCAGAAGAUUCUCGUGAAGGGUGGCCAGCUCAAGGAUGACGCCGACAUGAGCAAGCUGGGGCUGAAACCCGGCCAGGUUAUCAUGAUGAUGGGUACGCCUGGAGAGGGGGGUCCCCAGGUUGUUCGGCCGACCGAGAAGAUCAAGUUCCUCGAGGAUAUGACUGAAGCCGAAGCCGCACAGCAAGCGGGCGCCACUCCGGCCGGCUUGGUAAACCUGGGCAACACUUGUUAUCUCAAUGCCACGCUUCAGGCGCUGCGCUCGAUCCCCGAACUCCAGGAAGCCCUUGCGAAGCACCAGCAUACAUCCAUGUCGGAGGUCCCUCAGCUGGAUCUUACGUACCAGCUGAAGGAACUCUUCAAGGAAAUGUCGGAGACGCAGGGCGGCAUGACGCCAUUCACCUUCCUGAACGCCCUUCGGAUGGCCUUCCCUCAGUUUGCCGAGCGAUCGAAGAAGGGCCCGGGGUUUGCGCAGCAGGAUGCCGAAGAAGCGUGGUCGCAGAUUGUGUCGCAGUUGAGGCAAAAGCUAAAGUGGCCGAGUCCCACCGAGGGCGAAAUUGCUGGCGCGACUUCCUUCGUUGACAAGUACAUGUCGGGCGAGUUCUCGAGCACGCUCGAGUGUGACGACCCGGCGGCUCGCGAAGGUGGCGAGCAACCGACCUCGGCCAAGGAGACGUUUCUCAAGCUCAACUGCCACAUCGACGGCCAGACUGCCCAUCUGAGGGACGGUUUACUCGGCGGCUUGACGGAGAAGAUCGAGAAGAGGUCCGAGGUCCUGGGCAGGGACGUGAUGUACACUAAGAGGUCCAAGAUCUCACGGUUGCCCAAGUACCUCACAGUCCACUUCGUGCGCUUCUUCUGGAAACGCGACGUCCAGAAGAAGGCCAAGAUCAUGCGCAAGGUCACGUUUCCGCACGAGCUGGACGCGGUCGAGUUUUGCACGGAUGAGUUGAAGAAGGCUCUCAUUCCGGUCAGGGACAAGGUGCGCGAGGUGCGCAAGGAGGAGGAGGAUGUCGAGCGGGCUCGGAAACGCCGGAAGAGGAACCCGACGCUUGACAACGGGCAGGGCGAGGAAAAGAAGGAAAGCGCUAAGAAGGACGGCAAGAAGUCUGCCCCCUCUGCGGACGGCGAUGUCGAGAUGACGGAGACGUUCAAGACGGAUGCCGAGUGGGAAGCGGAGAAGGACGCGGCGCUCCUGGAGGCCAAGAAGGAGCUGAACGCCUUGAUCGACCCGGAGCUCCGGAAAGACGAAGGUGCCAACAAGUCGGGCAUCUACGAACUCCGCGCGGUGGUGACUCACCAAGGUGCCAGCGCCGACAGCGGCCAUUACACGGCCUACGUGAAGAAGACGGGCCCCAAGGACCCGGUGACCGGGAAGGUCGGCAAGGAGGACGGCAACUGGUGGUGGUUCAACGACGACAGGGUCACCGAAGUGACUCCGGACAAGAUCGAUGCGUUGGCUGGUGGCGGUGAGUCACACUCGGCGCUCAUCCUUCUGUACAAGGCUAUUCCUCUGCCUACGGCGGAAGGCAUUCUGGAGUAAGGGGACUGUCGCCAGUGACAUGCGUUGAUCUGCCACGAAGGGGAAGUAUGGCGGAAUGGGUUGCUGAUGGACCUGCUUGAUAUCGGGCGUACGGUACGGUACAA